AUGCGCGGCGUGAUCGGGGCAGGCAAUGACCAGCCGCCCACCGCCCCGGCGGCAGGACGCUCCAGCGCCACCGCAUCCUCGCUCGGCAGGCGGUGCGCCUCGCUCAGCCACGGGAUCAGCCCCAGCGAGUGCCAGCCGCGCGGGAUCGCCGCAAACUUAGUUGGCCAGAAAGCCCUGGAUCAUCGCCGCAUCCUCGGGGUCGAUCACCGCCUUGGUGCCGACAGGCGAGGCGAUCACGCCGCCGCGAUCGACAAUCCCCGCCAGCACCACCGGCACGCCGCGCGCGCAAGCCCAUAUUGGCGAUCGCCGCUGCAGAUCCACCUCGGCAGGCGACCCUGCGCCCCUCGACGAUCACGAGGUCGCACUCCGCCUCCAAUCGGCGAUAGCAUUCGACCACUUCGCAGCAGCCCGAUCCGCCCUUCGCGCCACUUCGCCGCCGGCAGCAUCCCCCGCACCUGCCCGCGCACAAUCAGUUUACCGCGAGGUACGAUCGCCACAGGCUUCCAGCAACACCGGGUUCAUAUCGACAUGGGGUUCGACCCGCGCCGCCAUCGCUUUGGGUUGCCUGCGCCCGCCCGAUCUCGCCGCCAUCAGGGGGGCGGACGCGCAGCCCCACCGAUUGGCAAAGGCCCGACACAGCCCCGCGACCAGCACCGACUUGCCGACGUGGGCCGGUGCCCUGAAUCAUCACGCCAGCCAUGCGACACCCCACCAAUGACCCAGAGCAGCGGGCAGGCGCGCGCCGUUUGCAGCGCGGUGAGGAUGUCCUUCCAGGCUGCUGCGCGCCCCUCACGCCCGAUCCACGGCUUCAUAUGGGUCACGCCGUCGCUGGCGACCGGCCCGCCAGCGCGACGCCCAGCGCGCCCGCUAUCGCCGCUUCGGGCCAGCCCGCAUUGGGCGAGGCAUGGACCGCGCAUCGCCGCAUCACCGCCAGCCACUCUCGCCCCGCCACGCACACCAGCACCCCUGCGAUCCGCGCGGGUAUCCAGUUCGCCCGUCAUCGAUCCGCGCCGCCGCCCAGCCAAAGGCACCCAUAUCCCCGGCAGCCCGAACAGCAGCCCAGAAGAGCGGGGGCGACGAUGUUGCCGCAGAAGCUCUCGGCCAGCGUCUCGUCGCCCGCGCAGACGCCAGCCUGAUCGAGCCGCUCCGUAUCGCGUCCCACCGCGCGCCACCAGCGUGCGGGCGGGCAGAUCACCCCGCAUCAGCGCAUUCGCCACGGGCGGACAUGAACGUAAAGGCUGCGCUGCGCCAAAGAACCGGCUGGCCAGAACUCCGCUCGCGAUCCCAGCCCCAGCGGUCAGAACACCAGAUGCGAUUCCCGAUCCAUACCAUGUUGCCGCCCCGGUCAACGCGAUCAGUAGGAGAAUGGUGACGAUGCCCAGCACCCGGCGCAACGGCUCGAUAGCGCGGCCGAUUGCCCCACCGCUCGGCGAAUUCCCGGAACCGGGCAAAGGCGCCCGACAGGAUGCCCGACCCAGCCAUAGAGCCGGUCCGGCCAGCCGAUCACGGCAUCCAGCGCCAAGGCCAGCGCAUGACGGGAUCAAUCAUGACGGAGCGCCUCGUCCAACCGGCUCCCGGCUCCGCCGCCUCGGCCGGAACGCCGAAGCGCAACCGCUCAGGCGCGUCGGCGGCGACGGACGGGAUACCCACCGCGCCAGCCGGGCGAAGAUCACCAGCGCCUCCGGGCGUCUCGACCAUGCGGAUAAAGGAGCAAGCGCCUUGCGCGAUCAGGCCAUGGCGCGCGAGCACCGCAUCAAUGCCGCGGCCCGUUCGACCAGUGCGAUACGCGUCUCGAUACCGGCCAGUCGCCCAGCAGAUCGCGAAGGCGCGACAGAAUGGCCAGCGCGGCGAUCACGAACCCCAGCCGCACCCCCGCCAGCCCGAAGAACUUGCCGAAGGACCGCAAUCGGACGACCCGCUCGCCCCCUGAAACCGGAUCAGUAUGGCAUCGGUAAAGGUUUUGUCGAGAUCAGCCAACCGCCCGCCGCCGCUUUGCACCGGCUGGUCGCUCCAGCGUCUCGCGGCAUGAUAGCGGCCAUCAGGGUUGUUGGGAUUGGCGAGCAACAGGCUCCCUCCCUCCCCUCGCCAAAGGGUCGAGCGCGGAAUGAUCGAUCCGCGCCGACGCCACCGGCGCCAUGCGUGCCGAAGCAGGCUGCACCGCGACGAUCAGCUGGCCCAAACCGAGCAGGGGAGAAGGCGCAGUGCCAUCUCGCUGCCCGGCACCGCCGCCACCCGCUCGGCCUCGACGCCGAAAAUGGACCGCCGCCAGCAGGUCCGGCAUCGACGUCCAGCCCCUCUGACGGGCACCAUGCCACCGGAUUGAUCCCGGUCGACAGGUCCAACCACGGCCCGGCCACACUCCGGAAAACAGCGCCUCGGCGGCAUCGAUCCGCCGCCGCGAUGGGGUCAGCGCGGCCAUUUUCCGCCCGUCAUCGGCCGGCUCCCGCGAUGCGGGCUGGCAUGAAACAAGCCCCGCACCAUCCUCGUCUGCUCGGCGCGCCCGGUCGGGCAAGAGCCGCCACGCGCAGUCGCGCUGGCCGAGGCGAUGACGCCGCAAAGCUGCUUCAUCGCGACCGCGCAAGCCUGGACGACGAGAUGCGCGAGCGGAUCGCGCGCCAUGUCGCGGAUCGGGAUGCGCGCUGGACCACAGUGGAGGCGCCUUUGGCCUGCCGAGUGAUUGCCGGGUACAUAGCCGCGCCGACCGGUUGCUUGCCGAAGAAGAUCUUGCAACGGCGGGGCAAUGCGCUGGCCGCUGCGAUAACGGACGCGCCCGGUCCGGUCGUGGUUGGUCAGCAACGAGGUCGGCUUCGCAUCGUCCUCAGACAACGCGCUCGCCCGCCGCUUUCGCGUGCGCAGGGCACGCUGAACCAGCGACUGGCGCAGACGUGCGAUGCGACCGAUCUGGUGGUGGGGGCCUUGCGGCUUUCAGGAGAAAUGAUGCGAACCGACGCCGAACGCGCCGAGCGCAUGGCUAAGAAGAAGGUCGCGCAGGAUAGCAAGGGUCGCCGCGCGCGAUGCCGAAAAGGGCCUGAUCAUCGUCCAUACUGGCGCGGGCAAGGGGCAAGACGACCGCCGCGCUGGGCAUGGUGA